AUGACCCAGGAGCGAGAACAGCCCGCUAGGGAGCAGAGACAGCCCCGGGCAACAAUGCCAUUGCCCUCCACCCAAGUGGCCCCGCAACCAGCUGUGCACCAGGCACCUCCGCCCGCACAAGACAACAAAGCUUGUCCUGCACAGCCCAGUGGACAGGGCUGCCAGGCCUAUAAGAAGGAGACCCGCCGUCACCUGCCCCCCGACGUCCGCAAGAGGCGCGAGCAACAGUCUCGCCGCGACGUGCGGGAAAAUAGGCGGGCUGCUGCCCAGCCUCCGCAGUCAGGCCCCUCAGGCUACCAGGGCCCCCCCAGGCAGAAUCCCUGGGGCCCCCCCAGGUACCCACCGCCCGCCACUUUCGGCCAGUACAUGGCCCAGGCUGGCGUCAACCCCUGGACACCUCUGCAGCAGUGCAGCCAGGGGUACAACGAGCUGGAGUACCCAGUCCUGGCCAACAACCCUUGGCUGCGCAAGCCAAGGGGGCCCCAGGGGCCCAAGAAAAAUGCCACUGGCCACAAAAAUGGCCAGGGCAAACCGCAGCAGCCCCCCCAGGAGAGGGCACAGCAGCCUGCUCGCGAUAAGCAGCCUGCCCAGCCCAAGCCGCUGGCCACCAGACUGGCUCCAGCAGCCCCGGCGCAGCGAACGCCCCCGCCCAGGCAGCCCCAGGUAGCACCUGCUCCUGAGGCUGACAUGCUGAUCGACUUGGCCUCAGAGCAGCCGACAGCCCCGCCCAUGCGCACGGAGCAGCCAGCCCAACCUGGCUUGGCUGACUUCAUGCAAGUACUGACAAAGUCGAGUACCUUUAACAAGGACUCGACACUGGCCGAAACAAUCGUCCCCAUGUGCCAGUUGAUGGUAAUAUGGUGCGACCCAGCCAUCUCCCUGCCUGACAAAGUCCAAGCCAUGAUGGGCUUCGUACAAACACUUGCUGCCAAGCUUAAUGGCAGCUCGUAA